AUGGCAACCGAGUACAACAUGGCUGACUACGAAAGUGAUGAGGAUGGAGAAGAAUUCAUUAACUUACCGCCAGAACAGAACCUUUCCUCCACUGCUCUAUUCCUUCAAAGUCUCCUGGCCUCCCACAACAUACCCCACGCGAUAACCGGGGGGUUUAGCCUUCGGUUGAGAGGCAGUGACCGGAAAGCUCGGCAGAUAGAUUUUGCAGUGCAGCCAUCAGGAGGAAUGAGGCAGCUCAAGGAAGUGCUGCGGCCUUGUCCUCGGGUACGGUAUCCCAACAUAUGUGAAGGUAUCAUGAAGAUCUUUGUCGAGACGGGACCCGGAUUCGAUGAAUGUGCUGAAUACAGAAGAAUUGAGGUCGAUCUAAAGGCACCAGGAAUCGCAGGGAGUCCACUCGACCUGAGUAAAUCCCGAGUCGAGAUCACAGCUAAAAUGCAUGAUGGCCGUAACGAGAAAUUUACGUUACUGGAUUUGUCCCAUGCUCUGAACGGCAAAUUGAAAGUACUCUAUGAGCGUAGGUAUGAGAGAGAUUUCGAAGACGUCGCGUGGUUCUUUGCAAAUUACCCGCAGGAGAUCCGCAAGUUUAGCGGUGACCUCGAUCAAUAUGGGUUGGGUGUCUUCUUCGAUAGCCUGGGGGUUGAUGAGAGGACGUCGUGGAGUGAUAUUGUCGCCGGGCUGGAUGUUGAUUGGGAGGGUAACGUCGAGCAUGCAAAAGCUUCUGCUCUUUGA